UGCAAGUGCAACUGAUUAAUUUGUCAAUUAUUGAACAGCUAAUAAGGAAUUUCUUAACUUUUAGCUUUUGCCUUUGGCCAAUUUUAUUAUUUUUCUGGUCAUUAUUAAAGCAAGGGUGAUACAGUAGCUAACUAGCUAACGUUAUUUAACUAGCUACAAAUGCAAAUUUUUCAAAAUGAAUAUGAAAUAUCCAAACCUAUAGUAGCUAGUUAACUUCUAGCUAACUUUGGAUAACAUUAUUUUUGCAUGUAAUGAGUGCUUGUCAUGUCAAUGAUGGAUAACAAUUCAACAACAACGUUGAGUAUUGAAAAUGUCCAGAUUAAUGGUCUAUGUGAAAAAUGUUAACCUGUAUGUAUGGUUUCCGUAGAUUGAACCAACCGGUUCAUGACAUUACAGCGCAGUCAGUCAUGUCCAGACUACAUCACCUGUAUGGCCUGUUGAGGUACCUAAUGAUGUUACUCAGUGGCAUCAUAUUUUUCCCCCACGGGACACCAUCUUCAAUCAGAAGGUCCUACAAUCUAGUCAUUCUAACUCUAUGGUCCAUCUCUUCCCCCCUCCAGGUGAGUGGCCUUGUGCUGUUUGGCCUAGGCGUGUGGAUCAGGUACGGGGCGGCCACCUUUGUCCAGGUGAUGGGUUCUUUCUCGGCACAGCUGGUGACCAUCAGCUAUGUGUGUAUGUGCCUGGGGGCCAUCCUGUCUCUGCUGGGGUUCAUUGGCUGCUACGGGGCCUGGAGCGAGAACCGCUGCCUCAUCAUGCUGUAUUUCUUCAUCGUGUCAAUGAUGUUUACAGCUGAGGUUACUGGGGUUAUUUUCAUCUUGGUGUACAAAGAUCUGGUAAGCACAGACGAUCCACUCUCACGCCCUCACUGGCUCAACUGUAACUAUGAUAAUGUACAAAACACAGAUUAUCCACUCACCCUCACUGUUUAAACUGUAAAGAAGAUGCCAUACAAAGCACAUAUGAUCCACUCACACCCUCACUGUCUAAACUGCWAAAUAAAUACUGUAUAAAGCGCAGACAAUCCACAUUGACCCUAUCCUCACUGUCUAAACUGCAACAAAGAUACUGUAUAAAGCACAGAUGAUCUACUCACUCUCACUGUCUAAACUGCAACAAAGAAACUGUACAAAGCACAGAUGAUUCACGCACAGCCUUACUGUCUGAACUGCUACAAAGAUGCUGUAAAGUUUUCUUGGCGUGAUUAACAGUCAAGCACUGGGGUAAAUGAUUGG